GCGGCUAGAGGUUCGAGAUUCCGGGAUCGGUCCGCGCUCUUUUCGGCCACUUUUCGCCCGCACUUGGGCAGUUCCGUUACGUGAGUGCAGCGCCGCCGUCUGCGUUGCACAGAGCCGAGAUACAAAGAUACAGAGCCGAGAGAUACAGAUACGCGGCAACAACAUUUCUCGGUUUGAUUUGCGCAACUUCGCCUUUGGCGAGCAGCGUGAAAAGCCCGAUACCAGAGCCGAAAACGCAACCGUUUAACGUGUGUGAGUCCGACUCUUCUGAUUGCAGACGACUGAUCGCCGGCCAUCAAUCAGGCCAUCAAUCAGUCAAUGCCGCUUGUCGCAAAUUGGAGCUGGAGUCGCAGCCGCUCUCCCUUCUCGGAGAAAGCCACCGUCUGCCACACGCUUCCACCGGAGACACAGAUACAGAAAGAGCUACAGAUACAGGCUGAAACCUGGACAUUGGAUCAAUACCGGCGGACUCCAGGGCGCCAAUAGAUUUGGCGACACUGUCGCUGGUGGUGUCUGCCUGCCUUUUGGCUAAGUCAGUCAGUGAGUCAGACACUCGAACUUGCAGUCAUAGUUAUAGUCACGACUCCGCAGCCACAUCCACGUUGUCUUCGCUUUGGCUCUGGUUUUUGCUGCUGUCGCCCGGCAGGUUCACAAAUAAGUGAAAGUGAAUUUGUUUAUUGUAUAUUUUGCUAUUACCAAAGCGAAAGAGACGCAUAACAGCAUUGAGACAACAUCUGCAGUCCAUUCAGUGAGGAAAAUCAGAGGCACAGGGAGAGAUUGGGGACUUCGAUCAAUGAGGAUCGCAGUGGUGCGGCCAGAACUACACACGAACUCAGCAUGUUGAGUGCGAGAUACUUUUUGCUGGCGGCGCUGAUUUGCCUCUCGGGAAAUGCCCUCGCCCAGGAAGUGCCUAGAACUGCGAGCUUAGCGCCCUCGCGGGAAAACUUCGCGGAACUAUCGCAAGCGGUGCAGGAUUCGCUGGUGGAGUACGAGGAGCGUCAGCGGGAGCGACUGCGUCGAGGCCACCGCGCCAGAAGGGCUGUGAAACGGGUCUGCUAUGGCGAACUGGGCUGCUUCGAGGACUCCGGCCCGUUUGCCUACCUGGAGAUGCUGCCCUCGUCGCCGGAGGAGAUCAACACCAAGUUCUACUUCUACUCCACACGCCAGCGAUCCGAUCGUCCGCUGAUGGAGCUGUCCUUUCUGAACAUGACCAAUGCCUUCCGUGGCAAACGGGAGACGGAGGUCAGCACUAGUUCACCGGAGGGCAGUGGCAGGUCCUCCUCCGCCUCGAGUUCCCUGAACUCCUCCCCAAACUCCACCCUUACCACCGAGCGCCCUGUUGGUGGCGGGCAAAAGAAAGCCACUCCCUCAAUUGAUGACCUCGAGGGAUUCGAUGAGCUCUCCGUUCGGGUCAUUGUCCACGGCUUCGGCUCAGCAUGUCCGCACGUGUGGAUCUACGAGAUGAAAACGGCCCUCAUGGCAGUGGAGGACUGCAUUGUGAUCUGCGUGGACUGGGAGAAUGGCGCCACUUUUCCGAACUAUGUGAGGGCUGCGGCCAAUACGCGCUUGGUGGGCAAACAGCUGGCCAUGCUGCUCAGGAAUCUCCAGCAGCACAAGGGUCUCGACCUAAUGCGCACCCAUGUCAUAGGAUUCAGUCUGGGGGCUCAUGUAUCCGGCUUUGCCGGCGCUGAGCUGCCUGGACUAUCGCGGAUUACUGGCCUGGAUCCGGCUGGACCACUCUUCGAGGCCCAGCACCCGAAGGUGCGACUGGACAGCAGCGAUGCGGAGUUCGUGGACGUGAUCCACUCGAAUGGCGAGAAUCUGAUCCUGGGCGGCCUCGGCUCCUGGCAGCCCAUGGGCCAUGUCGACUACUAUCCCAACGGUGGACGCGUGCAAACGGGCUGCUCCAAUCUCUUCGUGGGUGCUGUCACUGAUUUUAUAUGGUCUGCCCAGGCUGCAGAGGACGAGGAGGGUCGUUCGUUGUGCAACCAUAGACGAGCCUACAAGUUCUUCAUCGACUCGGUGGCGCCGCGUUGCUUGUUUCCCGCCUUUCCAUGCGCCAGCUACGAUGACUUCCUCAAGGGCAGGUGCUUCCCCUGUGCCCAGGAUGAUGAGGACCUGGCCGAGGGCGUUCCAAGGUGCGGCAACAUGGGCUACUAUGCCGAUCGAUCCACGGGAAGGGGUCAGCUGUACCUGCUUACCCGCGAGGAGGAGCCCUUCUGCGCCCACCAGUUCCAGCUGCAGAUCUUUAACUCCUUCAACGACCUACCACUGCGCACUAUAGGUCGUCUGGAGGCGAUCCUCGAGGGAGAUGGUGGACUAAAUGAGACCUUUGAGAUAUCCGAGAAAGACGAUGCGGAGUUCUUCGCCGGCGACAUAGUAUCCAAGAUUAUUGUGCCCCAUCCGGCGCUGGGAUUCCCCACCACCUUGAGCCUGCACUACAAGUCGUAUAGUGGGUGGCUGAGCAAGGGUCUGCCCCACUGGGACAUUGACAAGGUGGUGCUGACGGACAGUUUUGGCCGCAGCCACUCCUUGUGUCGCCCCUCAACCAAACUCAGCAGUGGAAGUCCGGUACGCCUGCGCCUUCAGGCGGGCAACUGUGAGCUGGACAAUCAGGAGGAUUAUGGGGCAUACACCAUCCAACCGGGAAAUCCCACAGUGUCACCUACCGAGGUGCCCGACUCCAGCGUCCAGGAGUCGGGUCUGGCGGCAUCGGUGGAUGGCGUGGAGACGGCGAAGCAGCGCAAGGACAUCUUCAACUUGGGCACCAGCUUCAAGCUGGCCCGCAAUCAGACCUAUCCGCUGGACCAGGGCGACGAGCUGCCGUGGCAGCCCAUUUUGGUGGGCAACUCGCUGGAUAACGAGACUGCCGAGGCGGCGGAGUCGAGUAGAAGUCUCUCGGACUCGGUGGCCGGCGAGAUCUUUGAGCCCGUGCUAAAGGAUCGCAGGCUGGCCGUGAAUAGGGGUCGAAAUCUGCAGGACUAUGGCACCACCGACAGUCCGGAGAUUGUGGAGCCUGUGCUCAAGGCCACCACGCCGCGUGUUAAGCAGGGCAAGGAUCUGGAUUUGUCGGAGAGUGAGUUGGCCUCUGCCGCCGAUGGCAUGGUCAGCACAUUGGGCGCCAUAAGUUCUGCUGUUGCUGGCUCCUCUCGCCCGCUCAUGCCCGCCAAAACGAUGACGCAGGUGGGCACAGGGCGAUCCCCGGAUCCGGAUGAGCCGCAGACCGUGCAGCUGCUGCCAUUCCGGUUGGGGGAGCUCCUCCAGCGGGCGGAGCGGUAUGCCCGGGAGACUCUUUUGCCCCUCAUAUCCGUGCAGGCGCCGCGCUUCUUCGGCUUCAAUGUAACGCCCCACGAUCGCGAGGCACUGCGUCCGGGGGAGUCGCGCAAGCCACGCUACAUUCCGCGCUAUGAGGAGUCGGCCUUUUUGAACACCAGUACUUCGAGUGCCAGACGGCGAACGCAGAAGGCCUCGCGAAGAUCGGCAGUGGAGCAGAGGAACCUCUUCCGGCUGAUGCGAUCGCGGUCCACCAAGGAGAAUGAUUCGGGGGAGAAGGUGCAGGUGCAGGAGCAGCAGGGACAGCCGGAGCAGCAGAACGAGGUGAACUACUACACCAAUGUCCUGCAGUCGGAGUCGAGAUCCAUGCGUCCCGAGGCACCGGAGUACAGACCCGUCUUCAUCGAUCUGCCCACCUACAAGCCGCAAACCUCUGCAGUUUCCGCCUCGGCUGCUGUCUCCACUCCCCUGGCAUCCGCUGCCGCUUCCGGUUCCGUUUCGAGGGCAAGAAGGCGCGGCAGAUCCCCAAAGCUGAUUCCCUGAUAUUUGGAUACUCGAAUAUCUAGGCCGUCCCGCCAUUAGGGGAUGAACACUUUGUGAUAUGCGCACCGGAUCGAUCGUGGCUAUGGCUCAGCUCCGAAGAGAAACCCCCUCCUACCAAUCCCAUUUACCACUCCAUUACACUCAUCCUCACACUGUAAAUAUCCGAACGAGAAAGCAAAGGUACACACAGCAUGAAAUGGAAUUUCAAAUCGUGGAAUCUGCGUAGAAUAAGGCAUUGAGUAUAAGAUUUUAAAUGUGAGAAAUUUAGGUGUUAAGAUAAAACAUACCGUCAGAGUCUCGACCUUAUGAUAACAGAAAA